GAAUCGCGGAAUCCUGACCAACUGCAGAGACGCAUUAAUGUGGGCGAUGGUGGAUCCGUGUGACUCCUGAGUUUUUUUUUCCGAAGGAGAGCAGCGCUAGAGAGAGAUGGGCGUGACAACCGGGUGUCUGGACCAAGACUAGUCUCCGGGAGGAAAGAGCAUCUCGCAGUCUCCAAUGUAUCCGAUGACAACGGAGAGGCAAUGCCGACUGUCCGGUCCAAUGGUUGUUCCAUCCAAUUUACCUUCCCAGGUGGUGUUUUAACAACGGCACGACGCCCGAUAUUGAGGCCGCACGGGGAUUGAUACAAUCCAAAAAGGAAUACAAAAUCUAACGGACCUACUUCGGAAAACAUCAGCGGCUGUAAGCCCACGUUGUGGUCGGUGGGCAUGGUUUUGGAGGGUAGCUCGGAGGCCCUGUGUCCCCCACCCUCUCUGGAGCUGCGCCCAUCCUGCAACAAGAGCCCCCUGGGUUCAUGCUCCACACCGCACGACGGACUCUUUCCCGGGGACAAGGAGCCCGUCAAGUACGGGGAGCUCAUCGUUUUAGGGCACAAUGGUUCCUUGGCCAAUGGGGACAAGGGACGGAGGAGAAGUCGCCUGGCCCUCUACAAGAGACCCAAAAGCACAGGGGUCAAACCUGAUGUCAUCCACAAUGUCUCCACCCCUCUGGUGUCAAAGGCUCUUAGCAACAAAAGCCAGCACAGCAUCUCCUACACCCUGUCCAGGAGUCACUCGGUCAUCGUAGAGUACACCCAUGAUAGCAACACAGAUAUGUUUCAGAUCGGGCGUUCUACAGAGAGCAUGAUUGACUUUGUGGUGACGGACACGGCAGGCUGCAGCACCAGUGGUGGCGGGGGGCAGGGCCAGGGGGGCGGAGGAGGAGGAGGGCAGUCGGCCCAGAGCACAAUAUCCCGCUACGCGUGCCGCAUCAUGUGCGAACGCAGCGCCCCAUACACGGCCCGCAUCUAUGCCGCCGGCUUCGACUCCUCCAAAAACAUCUUCCUGGGGGAGCGGGCUGCCAAAUGGCGGACAUCGGACGGCUUGAUGGACGGCCUGACCACCAAUGGCGUGCUGGUGAUGCACCCGGCGGGGGAGUUUGUGUCUGAGCCGGCGCCAGGCGUGUGGCGGGAGAUCUCAGUGUGCGGGAACGUCUUUGCCCUGCGGGAGACACGCUCGGCCCAGCAGAGGGGGAAAUUGGUGGAGAACGAGUCCAACACCCUGCAGGACGGCUCUCUGAUCGACUUGUGUGGCGCCACCCUCCUGUGGCGUACCCCGUCGGGCCUGCGCCGCACCCCUACCCUCAAGCAGCUGGAGACCCUCCGCCAGGAGCUGAAUGCCGCCCGGCCCCAGUGCCCCGUGGGUUUCAACACCCUGGCCUUCCCCAGCCUGGCCCAGAGAGAGAUUGUGGACAAGAAGCAGCCCUGGGUCUACGUCAACUGUGGUCACGUCCACGGCUACCACAACUGGGGCUACCGGAAAGACAAGGGCCACAACGUGGGCCCCGGGGGGACGGCUCCGGCGAGCACCGGGGAAAGGGAGUGCCCCAUGUGCCGGUGCGUGGGCCCCUACGUGCCCCUGUGGCUGGGCUGUGAGGGUGGGCUGUACCUGGACGCGGGCCCCCCGACGCAUGCCUUCUGCCCCUGUGGCCAUGUGUGUUCGGAAAAGACAGUGGCGGGCUGGAGCCAGAUCCCGCUGCCGCACGGCACGCACGCCUUCCACGCCGCAUGCCCCUUCUGUGGCACCUGGCUGACGGGCGAGCAGGGCCACAUCAAACUCAUCUUUCAGGGGCCCGUCGACUGAGGCUGGCACUGGGGGGUGAUAUAGGGGGCAGGGUGGAGGGAAGGUGGACUAUGGAAAAGUCUAAAAGGAAAUGAAAGGAUAAGGAUUGGAAAGACUGUUGAAAUGACGAUGGACUGAACUGAAGAGGCAAAUGUGAUGGAAGCAGAUUAAGCAUAAAUGGCAUUUAAGUUGUAUUUGGGGAAUAUGUAAAUAAAAGGUGUUGAAAUGAAA